AUGAUUCCACAUAAAAGUCGACACAUCUUCAUUACUUCAUAGCUGAGAAAACAUGAUGGGACUUACAAGUCGACAAAUCUUCAAGCCUCUUGUUAGAAAAAUAUCAUACCAUCCUCAACUUCACUGAAUCUUUUCAACGAGAGAGAGAGAUAGAGAGACGAGACUAGUAUGGCAUUGGGAGAGGUCUUUCUUGCGGCAUUCCUUCAGUUGCUGCUGGACAGGUUAACGCCUCGAGAGAUCCUGGGCUACUUUGGAAGCUUGGGAGGAGCUGGCAAAAAGCUGCAAAAAUGGAGAGAGACACUUUCCGCAGUUGCAGCGGUGCUUUCCGAUGCAGAGGAGAAGCAGCUGACGAACAAGGCAGUGGAUCUGUGGCUGAAUGACCUCAAACACUUGGCUUAUGAUAUCGACGAUCUACUCAACACCUUUUCUAAUGAGAUGUUAGCACGCAAGCAGCACAAGCUUCACCAAACUUGCACAAGCAAGGUACGCCGCUUCUUUACCAAAGUUCCUCAAAAAGUCAAGUUCAAUUUCAAUAUGAGCUCCGAAAUAGACGACAUUGCUAACCGCUUGCAAGACAUAUUUGACCGGAAAGUGAAACUCAGUUUGAAUACCUCUACUUCAACAUCCUCAUCGCAAAGGACACCAAGUUCGUAUGUGUUGGAUGGACCUGUGGUUGGGAGACAUGAAGACGCAAGAAAGAUUGUUGACCUGUUGUCCAGAGAUGUUGAUCCUUCUUCUACCACCAAUUAUCAAGUUGUUGCCAUUGUUGGUAUGGGAGGACUCGGCAAGACAACGCUUGCGGGACAAGUCUUCAAUGAUGUAGCAGCAAUGGAACAGUUUGAUCUCAAGAUCUGGGUUUCAGUGUCCGAUGACUUCAAUCUUCAAACGGUGACGAGAACUAUUACUAAGGAAGUCACAUCUCGGCCAUGUGAUAUGGAUGAGUUCAGUCGACUUCAAGAUAAUCUGAGCAAGGCGAUAGAUGGUAAAAGGUUUCUGAUUGUUUUAGAUGAUGUCUGGAGCACAUGUGAUUAUGAUUCAUGGACAAAACUGCAAGCUCCCUUUCGUAGGGGAGCUAAGGGAAGCAAGGUAAUGGUGACAACACGUGAGGAAAAAGUUGCUGCAUUGAUGGGAGCCCCAGCCCAAGCCCCAGCCACUGAAGUAUAUCAUUUAGAGACUUUAUCAGAAGAAGAUUGUUUGCAAGUAUUUGAGCAGCAUGUUAGCAAUGACAGGCCACCAAAUUUUGACUUGCUUAAGAAGAAAAUUGUAACGAACUGCAAUGGAUUGCCAUUGGCUGCAAAAACUCUUGGUGGUGUUUUACGUUGUAACAAAACUGACAAGUGGGAGGAAAUACUGAAUGAUAAAUUAUGGAGCAUAUCAGAUGGGAGUAAUAUACUCCCAGUACUCAGAUUGAGUUAUCAUUAUCUCCCUUCAACUUUGAAGAGGUGUUUUGCCUAUUGCUCAAUACUUCCCAAUGACUAUAAAUUUGGGAAAACACAAUUAAUCCUGCUGUGGAUGGCAGAGGGUUUCCUUGCUUUACCAGAAGGGACUAAAGCAAUGGAAGAUAUCGGUGAUGAAUAUUUUGGGGAGCUACUAUCUCGGUCAUUAUUUCAAAACUCGGGCAAAAACAGUUCAUGCUAUGUAAUGCAUGACCUUGUUGGUGAGUUGGCACGAUGGGCUGCUGGAGACACAUUUUGCAGAUUGGAGGAUAAACUGCAUGGUACAUGUUCUGCAAAGACUCGUCAUCUGGCUUACAUUUCUGGUAAGUUCGAUGGGGUAAAAAGAUUUGAGACAAUUUCUGAAGCAAAACGCUUGCGGACUUUCCUACCACUUCCUGUUUCUGGUGGUUAUGAGAAUUAUCUGACUCGUUAUGCAACUUCUAAUUUAUUGCCACAAUUGAAAUACUUGCGGGUACUCUCCUUCAAUGGCUAUAAACUGACCGAGCUGCCAGAUUCCGUAGGUAAGUUGAGACAUCUGCGGUACCUUGAUCUUUCUGACACAUUAAUAAUGAGUUUGCCUGAGUCAACAUGCAUGCUUUACAACUUACAGACGUUAAUAUUAGAGAAUUGUUCAAAAUUGAAGACACUACCUUCAAACAUGAGCAAUUUAUCUAAUUUACGUCAUCUCAACAAUUCAAACACGCCUUCAUUGGAAGAAAUGCCUCCCCAAGUAAGUCGGUUGACUCAUCUGCAAACUGUGCCUAAUUUUGUGGUGGGGAAAUGUAGUGCAUCAGGGCUUGGAGAGAUAGGGUCAUUGCAUCUUCGUGGGACCAUAAGCCUUGGAAGAUUGGAAAAUGUGAUCGAUGUUGGGGAUGUGAAGAGGGCCAAAAUAAUGAAUAAGGAAGGGCUGGAUACAUUGCAAUUGGAAUGGAGUGGCACAAGUGAGAAGGAGUCGGAGGUGCUCUGCAGUUUAGAACCUCAUAAAAAGCUUCUAGACCUCACCAUCAAGGGCUACAAUGGUUUCGAAUUUUCAAAAUGGAUUGGACAUCCUUCAUUCUCUGAUAUGACGCAUGUGAAGUUAGAGAAUUGUAAAAAUUGUCGAUUCUUACCUCCUCUUGGCCAAUUACCUUUUCUGAAAAAACUUCAGAUACAAGGACUGGCCAAUGUUAAAAGUGUGGGUGCUGAGUUUUAUGGAGAGUGCAGCUUGCCUUUUCCAGUGUUGGAAGACCUGAGGUUCGAGGAUAUGCAAAAUUGGAAGGAGUGGCUUCCUUGCAAAACAAAUGAAGAAAUUCGAGUUUUCCCUUGCCUGCGACAGGUUUCCAUCUCUAGAUGCCCGAAAUUGAAGUGUUUGCUAUCCAAGAGCAUGGAUUCAUUAUCAGAGCUGUAUAUUGCUUUAUGUGAAGAGUUAGUGGUUUCAAUUGCCAAUUAUAAACAUCUUCGUGGGCUGUUCAUCUGCUGUUGUAAAAGGGUGGUGCACAGAAGUGGAGUUAAGUUUGAGCUACUGGAGGAUAUGGAGCUUCAUGGUAUUUCAGAGUUCAGACUCGAAAUAGACGGGUUCAUCAGAGGAUUGCCAAAGCUUCAAGGAUUGUGGAUUACUGGUUGUGAAGAGUUGACAUGUUUAUGGGAGAAUGAGGAUAGAUGGCUGCAGCGUCGGAUUUCUAAUAUUAUUGGAGGCAACAUCUCUGACUCCCCCUCUCACUUUAUUCAAGAGCUAAGAGCACUCAAGGAACUUGUGCUAACUGGAUGCUCAAAUCUAAUUUCUUUUCCAGAAGCUAGUUGUCCACCUUGUCUUGAAAAAGUAAUGAUGGAGUCGUGUAAUUCUUUGACAUAUUUCGUAAGGUAUCAAGUACCGCCAAGCAUAAGAAGAAUAGAGAUAGAAAAAUGUCAAAAUUUGAAACUAUUAGUGAAGGAUGCUUGGGAGCUAGAGAGUUGUCUGGAGGACUUGGGGAUAAAAGAGUGUGCAUCUUUGAUAUCCUUAUCAGGCAACGGAGGCCGACUACCCAGAACGCUCAAAGGUCUUUAUUUAAGGGACUGUGAACGAUUGGAGUCAAUAAUAAAAACUUUCCACGAGGACACUUGUCUUGAAGAUCUUAGGAUAGAGAGGUGUGCAAAUCUCAAAUCCUUACCAGAGGGGCUAUGCCAUCUCUCCGCUCUUCGCAUUUUAAUUAUACGCAAAUGUGGAAGUUUCGUUUCCUUCCCAAGAGGAGGGUUGCCAUCCAACCUGAUAGACUUUCGUAUCGACGAUUGUGAUCAAUUGGAAGCCCUCCCCAGAGGCAUGGACAACCUCAGCUCUCUUCAGACUUUGGUGUUGAGACACUGUGGAGGUUUGGCAUCCAUUCUAGAAGAGGGUUUCCCACCCAACCUAAUUGAUCUGGAAAUUGGCCGUCUCUCAGAGUGGGGGCUUCAACACUUGGACAGACUCACCUCUCUUAAACACUUGGGUAUCAGUGGUGUAGAUCCAGAUCUGGUGUCCUUUCCGCCAAAGGAGGUGCUGCUCCCUAAAUCUCUCAUUAAACUCGCCAUUGGAGAGUUCCCAAAUCUGAAGCGCCUGUCAUCAUCUUUUCAAUCACUCACCUCUCUUGAAUCCCUUAACAUUUGGGAUUGCCCAAAGCUAGCAUCUAUUAUUCCAGAAAAAGAGGAUCAUCUGCCUCUUUCACUUACACAGCUUCGCAUCUAUCAUGACUGUCCGCUGCUCACAAAGAAAUACCAACCAGGUAAAGGACGACACUGGCCCAAAGAAAUAGCCCACAUCCCUUACGUUUAUUUUGGAGACUGGGAGGACGAAGCCAAAGCCGACCGCUGGGCAUAGAAAUCAAACUAUAGAGCCGCAAGAAGUACAAGGUUGAGCAAUGGACCAGCUCAAGAGUCUUGAUUCACGCACCCUUCUAAUUCUGGAUUAAGGGCAGCAGCAAUUAAAAGGUGGAGAAAGUUGUCUGCAAUGAGAGCACCUCAAGAAUUUUGAUCUGGGCUUCUAGUUCUGGUUCAAGAUUGCCAGUCAAGAUUAUGAUAGCCAAUGAGGUAUUUAUGCAUGCCGCUACCAUUUCAGGGUGUUGAACUUCUGGUAAGAAUAAAGUGACUCCGCAUAAAACUGGAGUUUUUUUAAGCUUGUUGUGGGAUUUUGCAUGCGUGUUGAAGGUCAGCUUCUUCGAGCGCGGUUGUGGGAACAGAGCAGGCUUCAGAACUAAAGGAGCAAAUUUUUUGUAGAAUCCUUAGGAACAGUGUUCUUACUGUUGUGUCCCCCAUAGCUGCUGUGCUGUCUGUGUCGCUUUAUUUGGCCUGCUGUUUGCUUGCAACUGCAUCCAUCCGUCUGUUUCAGUUUUGGUAGUUGAGAGCGUAAUGAGAGAUAGAAAGAGAAAGAUAUAGAUGAGAGCAGCCCCAGUUGAAAGCUGAAGAAUCGCUUCUUUGAAAUUUGAUAGAUUUAUCUCCCAAUUGUCCCAUCGGUUUGACCGAUUUUGAGUCCUUCAUCUUACUCUGAAGAAUUUGAAGAAGGAUAAUCACCCAGACACUCAGAUCGUUUUAACUUCAUAUGACAAAUCACUGUAUCGAUUGGAGUCUUUGAAAUCAUUCACAGUCCAAGUUCUGAGUGUGGAGAGUUAGAGAAUUAUAUCAGUUUGGGGCAUUUUCAAGAAGCGAAGAGACUUAGUUUUGCAAAUUUCAGGUCUUCCUUUCUCCUCACUAUUUCAAAUUUCUGUGUUUGUUUAUUUUGCUCAGAUGUUGUGGAACUUUUAUUUCUUCAUUGAUUAUUGUUGUGGUUAGUAUUUAUCUUUCUUUAUCUGUCUUUGGGCAGUCUGAUCUGUGGUUUUCUCUGUAAUCAGUGCUUGGGGGUUGCAUCCCUUACAAAUCAGAGCCUAUGGAGUUCAAUUCCCAUACACCACCAUCGUCAUCGAACUAACUUUACUACUAGUUGUGACUAUAGACCUGCAAGAAGUACAAGAUUGAGAAAGUAAGUUGAGUUGAGCAAUGGACCACCUCAAGAGUCUUGAUUCACGCACCCUUCUAAUUCUGGUUUAAGGUUAUUUCUGAAAUUGUUGAAAGUUGCCGUGCACAUGACUACACAGAUGUUGUGUUGGUGCAUGAACAUCGUGGUAAACCUGAUGGUUUGAUUGUAUGCCACCUUCCAUAUGGACCAACAGCUUAUUUUCAACUAUG